AUGGUGAUACCACUGACAAGAAAACUACUUAGAGAUUGGAAACACAUUUGUAGGAGUACCAUCAACAAGACUACAGAAUCAAAAAGGUACGUUUUGAAACCGCAGGAUACUAAUGUACAUAUUUGGCAUUUACUGCUUUUAGAACCCGUCGUUGGACUUGAGCUUUAUUUCAUUCUAUAUGUUGACGAUAAUGUGCUUUCAUUGAGAUGUUUAACUCCUAAUGAAAACUUUCCACUUAAGAUGAAUGUAAACAUCUCUUACAUGUGGCCGAUAUUAAGAAAGGAGGGUUUUUUUGGAUUAAUAAUGAAGUUGUGGUAUUUAUUUUAUGGCGGUGUUGGGACUGUUCAGAAGAUGGAGCCUGUUUCGAGAUUAUUAAAAGCGUGGAAUAGAAUUAUGUACAGAAAUUUUACCGUAUGUUUCCCAGAGGUAACGGGAUAUUUGCAAGAAGGUGACUAUGAAAUGGUGAAGGAUUUGUCGAAGCAACUGAAAGAAUAUCAGCAUUGCGGUGCUCAGCCCAUAAUACAUUCCAAAAUGAACGAGCACAACCGCACCAAUAUACACGAAAGCUUUGAAGCACUUAGCUCUCAUACCAACGAUGAAGGUUUGAGAAUGUUCGAUGACGUCUUCUGUCCAAACGCAGUUUCUCAAAGUCCAACUGAUAAGAGAAAUAACUUGUUCAGGUCUGAUUUGAUAAUCUAUACUCAAGAAGAUGAGGGCCCACCAAAAAAAGAAGGAGACUCUAAGUUUCAUUCAUACUGGUACACCCGCUUUUCUUAG